AAUGCAAAAAAAAAUCGAAUGAAAGUGUUGGAUUAACUCAGUUGCAAUGCAGUGUGACGCUUAAAUACCAAAAAAAAGUAUAAAUUGUGCAAAAGAUAUAGAAAAAUCUAGAGAAAAGCCCUCUUUCCCACUUUCCUAUACCCGAAAAAACCCUCAAAAAAGUUAUCAAAAAUAUCAACAAUGGUUGUGGUUCCCGCCCUGGGCGCCGCCGCCGUCUCCGUGGGCGGACUUCUCUUCAAGGCGAGUGCCGCUUCGAAGGCAGCGGCCACCGCUGGAGUGGCGGCCUUGGGAGCCUCCAAACUGGGACUGGCCAUUGCCGGAGCCAUCAAAUUGGCCACCGCAGUGAUUGGCGUUGGGAAGCUAACAAUCCUGCCUUUCUUAAUUGCCGCCAUAGCGUAUUACAACUAUGAUCUAUUCGAUCCGGAGAAUCGUCCCUUUAAUGUCCAGCAAGUGGAUUUGGCCUAUGAUUUUAUCAUCAUUGGCGGCGGAUCGGCGGGCACUGUGCUGGCCUCACGUCUCUCGGAGAUACCACACUGGAAGGUGCUGCUCCUGGAGGCUGGAGGUCAUGAGACGGAAAUCUCCGAUGUGCCACUUUUAUCACUAUAUCUACACAAAAGUAAAAUGGACUGGAAGUAUAGAACCCAACCACAACACACAGCCUGUCAGGCGAUGAAGGAUAAACGCUGCUGCUGGACUCGUGGCAAAGUUUUAGGAGGAAGUUCGGUGCUAAACACAAUGUUAUAUAUUCGUGGCAAUAAGCGAGACUUUGAUCAGUGGGCAGAGUUUGGGAAUCCAGGAUGGUCUUUCGAGGAAAUUCUACCAUAUUUCCGUAAAUCUGAGGAUCAAAGGAAUCCGUAUUUGGCAAAGAACAAGCGCUAUCAUGGAACAGGUGGCCUUUGGACAGUACAGGAUGCACCUUAUAAUACACCCAUUGGUCCUGCCUUCCUGCAGGCUGGUGAGGAAAUGGGCUACGAUAUUAUCGAUGUGAAUGGAGAACAACAAACUGGCUUUGGUUUCUAUCAAUUCAAUAUGCGACGCGGUUCCCGUAGCUCCACGGCCAAGUCCUUCUUAAGACCGGCCAGGUUAAGACCCAAUCUUCAUGUGGCCUUAUUCUCACAUGUGACCAAAGUGCUCACAGAUCCCAAGACGAAACGUGCCACAGGAGUGCAAUUUAUUCGCGAUGGACAUUUACAGAAUGCUUAUGCCACCAGGGAGGUGAUCCUUUCAGCAGGUGCCAUUGGUACACCACACUUGAUGAUGCUCUCGGGGAUUGGACAUGGCGAAGAGUUGGCCAGAGUUGGUAUACCCCUGGUGCAACAUUUACCCGGCGUGGGACAGAAUCUACAGGAUCACAUAGCUGUCGGUGGGAUAGCCUUUCUCAUCGAUUAUCCCAUUUCGAUUGUAAUGAAGCGAAUGGUGAAUAUUAAUACCGCUUUGCGGUAUGCCAUCACAGAGGAUGGCCCUUUGACCUCCAGCAUUGGCCUCGAGGCGGUGGCUUUUAUUAAUACAAAAUAUGCCAAUGCAAGUGAUGAUUGGCCUGAUAUGAAUUUUAUGAUGACCUCGGCAUCGGUAAUGUCCGAUGGUGGAUCACAGGUGAAGACUGCCCAUGGUUUAACCGAUGAGUUCUAUCAAGAGGUCUUUGGGGAGGUCAAUAAUCGUGAUGUCUUUGGCGUAUUUCCCAUGAUGCUGCGUCCCAAGAGCCGGGGUUACAUUAAACUGGCUUCAAAGAAUCCUCUGCGAUAUCCUUUGCUCUAUCACAAUUAUCUCACACAUCCGGAUGAUGUGAAUGUAUUAAGGGAGGGAGUCAAGGCCGCAGUGGCCAUGGGUGAAACGCAGGCCAUGAAGAGAUUUGGUGCAAGAUUCUGGAGUAAACCUUUGCCCAAUUGCCGGCAUUUAACCCUAUUUACGGAUGAUUAUUGGAACUGCUUCAUUCGACAGUAUACGAUGACCAUUUAUCAUAUGAGUGGCUCUGCGAAAAUGGGUCCACCCACUGAUCCUUGGGCUGUGGUCGAUCCACAAUUACGGGUCUAUGGCAUUCCAGGAUUGCGAGUAAUCGAUGCCAGCAUAAUGCCGACCAUAACCAAUGGCAAUAUCCAUGCCCCAGUGGUAAUGAUCGCUGAGAAGGGUGCCGAUCUUAUAAAACAAUUGUGGUUAACACCCACAACGGUGGGGGCCUUUGGUCAAGGUCAGGGCCUGGGUUUGGGCUUGGAUUUGGAUCAAGGUCAGGCACCACCGCGAACCCAAUGGCGUAGUAAGCGUUCUUUGAACUCCAGUGAGGCUGAAGUACCCCUUGUGCAUCAGUGGCCUUUGCCAAGGUCAUAGCGGGUUUUAA